CGUGACUGGAUGCGAAGUGCUGCAUCGAUAUCCUGCCACACUUCUUCUCUCAACAUGCAACCCUGCCUAACUGGUCGCGCUAUAUCGUGUCCUUCUUUGAGGCCACCUCCUCACACCUUUCUCCUCGACUCUUUCUCUCUUCACUCAUGUUCGCCCUCGAAGAACCCCAGUCGAGAAAGCGACAACGGUCCUCACAAGAGCCUGGGGAUCUUGAGCCGGAGCCGGUAGCAAAGAAACAAAGAUCUCUUUCGGAAAGCCGUGACCUCCCUCGCCAUCGUCCUCCGACCUUCUGGGACACGUUGUCCAAAAUUCGAUUGAGUCGCGGCGCUCUCCGGGAGUUUGACCGCAGGAACAUUGAAGAGAAGGUUCAGCCACCUUGCACACCCACACCGAAGGUCGAAUAUCCCCAAGGGCGUGCUCGCCUACGGCUCAAGAGGUUUGCUCGUCGUGGUGGGCCUGACCUAUCACACCUUCGAGGGAUUGCCAGCUUACCCCUUCGGGAUCCCGACACAAUGAGCGACUAUGCCAGUUCUCAGAGCCUGAAACGGUCUUCCGCCUCUUCGAAGCCGACUGACUCCUCCAGAACCACCCCGUACAGCGGCAAUUUUGAGCAAAAACUGAUUGACACUGGCAUCUACCCCAGCCUAUACGAACACCCGGAUGGACGCCUACCACAAAAGCCGGCGAAUUUGAGCGACAUCCAGGCCGCACAACGCGUCCCUCGGGCAUCUCUCUCACCUUCCCGAUUCACAGAUGAAGAUUUCGAAGCAUUUCAGCGGGCAAAUGCAAGAGCGUCCGGCGAGACUACGGGGAUGUAUAAUGUACUCCCUUUCAUUGCCGGAAAUGAGGCGACCCAUCGUUUCGAGAUGGGCCUGCCAAUGAGCAACCUGAAACCGUUCGACAAAGAUCUCAGCGACCCCAGGCCCGACGUCUAUCACGGAGCGGCACUCUCGACCAUCCAUCCGCGGGUUCGUAGUGACUUGGGACAAUACAUCAUCCCAUCGACGGUCGACUUAACUCGUCCGGCCGCUCCGAAUUUCUUCGUCGAGGGCAAGAGCGCUCAAGGUCGAGCGGAUGUGGCAAAGAGACAAGCCCUGAUUGAUGGAGCAAUGGGAGCCCGAGCCAUGCACCAGCUCCAGAAUUACAAAGCCGAGGAACCAGAAUAUGACAACAAAGCACGAAGCUUCUCCGCUACCUACCAAGACGGCCAUCUUCAACUUUAUGCACACCAUCUCACUGCGCCUCUCACUCCCGGAGGGGAGCCAGAGUAUCAUAUGACUCAAACGGGUUCAUACGCAAUGACGCACAAUACAGAGCGGUUCCGGGAGGGUGCUACUGCCUACCGGGGCGAUCGAGACCUAGCAAAGACAGAGCGGGACAGCUCUAUUGCCCACGCCAACCAGGUGGCUCGCCAGAUGCCUGCGCCCAGCCCCAACACAAGCUUCACGACCAGCCGCACGUCCCAGUCGACGGCCGUUAUUACCGGGUCUGACACCUCUGAAGACGAGCUGGCUCGCGACGAAGUAACCCCAGUCAAGCGCCUGAGACUCAGUGCGGCGUCAUCUGUAAGCUACGAUUCUACAACUAGACGAGAUAGUCGCGCUACCUUCGAAACCCCAAUGGCUAUUAGCAGAGCACCCGUGACUUCUCCACAGAAUACCACGUCGGCAUCCAGACGCAGUGGACGGACUUCUGCGGAGGGAAGCAUAUUGAGGUAUUCAACUACCCACACACGGAAUGGAACGGACGGAUCUUCAAUGGAGAGACCUUCAGACCUCUCCGGGCAAUCUCAAAGCGUGCAGGGCUCGGGACGAGGUCGUCAAACCCGUCCAAUGGUUGAGGUUACUUAGAGCGGAUGCGCUAUAAAGAUGAGUCGGGUUGGUGCGUCGAGCACCGGGGCAAGUCAGCGAUUGCGAGAAGGAUGGACGGCCGACUCUCUACUGCGCUCGUCUCAACGUCUUCACGUAUCGGCCCAAUGGCAACAGGCGUCGGUGAAUGCACUAAGAAUUCUAAGGAGGCGGGAAAGCGUUAGUGUAAACGAGGUCAGCAUUGCUCCGCAUGACAUCUGUGUUUCCAGUCACUUUUAGUCGCCAUGGGAUACAUACUGUAGUGUUUGGGACUUUUCAGCAAUGUCUCUCGUCGAUUCAACUAUACUUGUCAGGCGUAAGAAGAAAGUCGACUUUGGCGGUCUUUGCCUCCGCUUCACGUUGAUGCCCUACUUGAUGAAAUGAGCCUUGGUACUUCCUCCGAUCGAC